AUGCGUCAAGAGGGUUUCAACGAAAAAUAUGCCUUCGAACUAGACGAAGUAAGAGCUACGAAAAGCCCCAGCAUCGAUGAAAUAUCUUCGAAUGUGGUUCUUGAAGACCAAAAGAUGGACCCAGUCCCAUAUGACGACGAAGAAUUCGGCCCGAUGGAUCCUUCUGUGCAACUUGUUCGAGGACUCAACUCGGCGUCCAAGUUCUCGAUCAGAAGUAAGCAGCUGUGGACGGAAGACUAA